GGACGACAUGACUUACCUCCUUUCUCGCUCUCUCCCUCGGUGGUCGGCGUCGGAAACGCCCCCUUGCUAUAGCCACUGGUCGGCUGAAUCUUUUCCUUCGCUCUUCCGUCCGAUUUAUACUGGAUGAAGCAUGCUGACGGGAAGACGGGGAGGGGGGAGAAGAGGGUGAAGAAAAAAAAAACGGAAAUGAAACAGAGAAGGUGAGAAAAAAAGAAGAAAAAAAGGUAUCUUGUCGAAGGACCCAUGUUGUACGACAUGAUUUGCACCAGUCAGACCAUGACAACAAUGAGCACAGAAAGUGAGGCUUCUCCCGCCUUCGAAACACCGGCAGUCUCGUCCGCACCUCGCAGGGCGACAUUAUCAUUGCGAACGGCAUCUUCCGCGAAGAGCAUGCUUACGAGAGUGGUUCCCAGGCAAGGGAGAAGGGUGGCCACAGGCGCACAAGGCACUCCCGACUGGCGUUGCCGACGCAUCACAGCGACUGGUGUUUACUGCGGUGUCCCGUCAUACAUGCUUGUUUGUGUUAUGUGCCCCAGAAGCGAUCGAUGUUGUGUGGCAGACCAGACCAACAACCCUGUGUGUCUUCGCCUUCUCCUUCUGAACGUUCCCCGUCCGAGAGUGUGGCGUUCCGUUAGGCGUGCCGGCGGUGGGGGCCGCAUGUUGUCCAGCCGCUGCGGGGUUCGAAGCGGUUGGGUUGCCUGCGGGUUGCAUGCGGGUAGCCGCCCGGUACCGGGUCCGGGUUCCGGUUCCGGUUCCGGUUCCGGUUGCCGACCAAGAACGGUGAUGGCGGCGGCUGAGGCAACCAGGAUUAGGGGAAGGGAAAAGGGGUUCAUUGGAUUUCUGACGCAGCGACGCCCCCCGAAAGUGACUCGAAACCUGUUGAGCGACAGACAUGCACUGCAUGGUGCACAGAAAGAGGGUGUUGCGGGACAUUGUGAGUGCGGAUACCUGCCUAAGCUACAGGCCAGGCCUGCGAGCUUCUCAAGAACGGGAAGAGGUGGCGGUUCUGAAGACAUGACAUAGGACGACGGCCUAUAUGAUGGCAGUUGUUAGAUGGAGGCUCCAGGAUAUCGGGGCGUGACUUCGGGACCUUUUCGGGUAUAGUUCGGGUAUAGUCUUAGCAAGUACUAACGACUCUAAAUAGCCCUAACCCUGGUUAUAUAAAUAGUUAUAGAUACUUCGUAUAAGGGAAUCUUUCCCUUUUAUAGAAGAAUAAGACUACGAUUCCGGU